ACCUCUCUGGACACCGUACCCUGGGAGAAGGCAGCCCCCACCAUACUCCCCCUCUGUGCCUAACCCACUCCCCAGCAGCCCUGCCUCCUCUCAUUACUACAGACUGGAGCUGGAGAGAGACAGACACUGGGCUGGAGCUGCUGCUGCUGGUGUCCAAUUGCGCUGCCUUCCAAUCAGCACUGCACCCAGGGAAUGCAUCAGUGCAGUUGACUUACCUACCUACAAAGUGCAUCUACCUACACAGUGCAGCCUGAUCUACUUACCUACACAGUGCAGCCUGAUCUACUUACCUACACAGUGCAGCCUGAUCUACUUACCUACACAGUGCAGCCUGGUCUACUUACCUACACAGUGCAGCCUGAUUUACUUACUUCACAGUGCAGCCUGGUCUACUUACCUACAUUGUGCAGUUUGGGGCUACAGCCUGAGGAACCCAUUGGAGGAUACAAGUUCUUGGCACUGGGAUAGUAGGACCAUCCAUCUUUCCCCCUGUUGGGUGACAAAGGAUUUGGGGAAAGUUUCAGACAAGUUCAGAGAUUUACAUUUUUCCUCAUCUGCAGUUUUUUUUCCUUUCCGUCUGGUUUUGCCAUCAGUGGAGUGUAGGGGAUAGUGGCAGGAGCUGGCAGUUGGAUUUGACAGUGAGAGGGGGCACAGCAGCAGCAGAAGAAUGGGGGAAAGAUCGUUGGACUUGUUGUACCUGCCCCUCCUGUGCUGCCUUGUGGGGCACAUCGCCGGCUUUGGGGAUGAAGAGGAGCGUCGCUGCGACCCCAUCAGGAUCACCAUGUGCCAGAACCUCGGUUACAAUGUCACCAAAAUGCCCAACCUGGUGGGACACGAACUACAGGCGGAUGCCGAGCUCCAACUCACCACCUUUACCCCUCUCAUACAGUAUGGAUGUUCCAGUCAACUGCAGUUUUUCCUCUGCUCGGUGUAUGUGCCCAUGUGCACUGAGAAGAUUAACAUCCCUAUCGGGCCAUGUGGUGGGAUGUGCCUCUCUGUGAAGAGAAGAUGUGAGCCGGUGCUGAAGGAGUUUGGGUUUGCCUGGCCGGAGAGCUUGAACUGUAGCAAAUUCCCACCGCAAAAUGACCACAAUCACAUGUGCAUGGAGGGGCCGGGAGAUGAUGAGGUUCCCGUGCAUAGCAAGACCCCUGUCCUGCCGGGGGAAGACUGUAACUCCUUUGGACCCAAUUCUGACCAGUACACUUGGGUUAAGAGGAGCAUGAACUGCGUCUUAAAGUGCGGCUACGAUUCUGGCCUGUACAGCCGUCUGUCCAAGGAGUUCACGGACAUCUGGAUGGCCGUCUGGGCCAGUUUGUGCUUUAUAUCCACCGCCUUCACUGUUCUCACUUUCCUCGUUGACUCGUCGAGGUUCUGUUACCCCGAACGACCCAUCAUCUUUCUCAGCAUGUGCUACAAUAUUUAUAGCAUCGCCUACAUUGUCCGGCUGACCGUGGGUCGGGAGAGGAUAUCCUGUGAUUUUGAAGAGGCGGCAGAACCUGUUCUGAUUCAGGAAGGGCUGAAGAAUACUGGCUGCGCAAUCAUUUUCCUACUCAUGUACUUUUUCGGGAUGGCCAGCUCCAUCUGGUGGGUCAUCCUGACUUUGACUUGGUUCUUGGCUGCCGGCCUAAAGUGGGGGCACGAGGCUAUAGAGAUGCACAGCUCCUAUUUCCACAUUGCAGCCUGGGCAAUCCCAGCCGUAAAGACCAUAGUCAUCCUCAUCAUGAGAUUGGUGGACGCCGAUGAACUGACUGGCCUUUGCUAUGUGGGCAACCAAAACAUAGACGCGCUAACGGGCUUUGUGGUCGCGCCUCUAUUUACCUAUUUGGUUAUAGGUACCUUGUUCAUUGCCGCUGGACUUGUAGCGUUGUUCAAAAUCAGGUCAAACCUCCAAAAAGAUGGGACAAAAACAGACAAACUGGAGAGACUGAUGGUGAAAAUCGGUGUCUUCUCUGUCCUGUACACUGUCCCGGCCACCUGCGUUAUAGCCUGUUAUUUCUAUGAAAUCUCCAACUGGAAUGUGUUCCGCUACACCGCCGACGACUCCAACAUGGCGGUGGAAAUGCUGAAUAUAUUCAUGUCCCUGUUGGUGGGGAUCACCUCCGGCAUGUGGAUCUGGUCGGCCAAAACCCUGCACACGUGGCAGAAGUGCACCAACAGACUAGUGAACUCGGGAAAAGUGAAAAGGAAGAAAAGGGUCGACGGGUGGGUGAAGCCGGGGAAAGGGAAUGAGACUGUGGUAUAGUGAAUGCUUGCACAUGACCUUCUUUUAUUGGGAAGGGGACAUUCGUACAAUGUUGAGGUCAACAUUACUGGUGGCUGGAAAGCGGCCAUUAUGAGGUUGGCCACACCUUAAUUCCCUCCACAGUGCAGAGGUACUGCUUGGUCAUCACCUGAUCUUCAGGAAGGACAGGAUGGAAACAGCUUUUCUUUGUAACUCUGGUUGUACGAGAGGCCUGACCUCUCCUCGGUCACUAGCAUUGGUCAAGGCAGAAGCUUCUUUAGGACGUAGUUCUAUAUUACGUCUUCAACUGCCAGAUCUUUACGUGACCUCAUUGUGCCAGGCUUUGAUGUGAUGAAGUCUUAAAGAUGCUGCCCUGCGACGAUACUGUGCCUUUAUACACAUUGGCUACUCUAAGCCAAUCCCUUGUAGAGGAUGCUGGGACUUGAAGCUUGAAACCAGAUUACAAGUUGGACUUCCCUGCUGAAGGGCAAUUUUUGAAAAGGAAGGCAACCACUAAACACUGGAGAUUUAUAAUUCACUAUUUCACUAUGCGGUGCCUUUGCAAUGUAGAUGCCUUGGGGGAAGCUCACAGACACAAGCUGCAUUAAUACCUAUGCAGGAACACCCAGCAACCAAUCAGGUUUGCUUUCUUCAGCGUAAGUGCACUAGACAGAUCUAAAACUGUUUUUGAUUGGUUGCUGUGGGUUUCUGUAGAGGCUUAUUAUUGCUCUUAUGUUGGUGAGUUCCUCCAUUUUUCAACUGCCUCUGCCUUAGCCUUAUUGUGUUUCACUAAGCUUUUCAUUUAGUUUUCAUUAAGGACUAGUUGUUCUUCAUUAACUAGAAAAAAAUGAAAGUGAAGCUAAUUAAGGGCCCGUGGUUUUACUAUAUAUGCAGUGUCCAAUAAGCACUAAAAUGGAAAUGUAGAAAAUGAGUAGGCUCUUAUUGAAAAGGAAAUGUGAACCCUUGAAACAAAUGUAGAAUUGCUCAAAAUGCUCCUCUGAGCGCUGUUGCAACCGACAUCAUUUCUUUUUCUAGUUUCUGAGAAGUUUGCAGUUUGCAUUGAAAAACCCAACAAUGAGCACCACUUUAAACUUUCAUUUAAAAAGCUUUUAUUCUCAUCAGCGGGGCAACGUUUCACGGCUCUUUAUCGAGCGAACAUUCAGGCGCCUCCUAUUAUCUUGCUUUGAUACAGCACCACCUAGUGUUCCUAUAACAACAAUACACAACACAAUGUAUCCAUUUGGGAUACAAAGACUUCACUUAUCUGUUACAAUUUUACUUAGAAGCCCAAAUUUCGCAUGUAGCCAAUUGUAUCCACAUAAAUACUGUAAAAUAAAAAUAAAAGCAGAUAAAUUAAAUAAAAAUAGGAGACAGAUCUUAUUCCAUGAUAAAUCAUCUCACCUUUUUUCAUAGUGCAGCAACAAUUACAUUAACAACACAGGAAAGUGCCCUUCUUCACUGAUUGUAAUACUGUUUGUUUACUCCCUUUCCCUGGACCAACAUCUUCCUUUACUAGCAUUGAACCAACAGGUGGGUCUAGAAAUGCUGGUAUUUCUCCCAAAUUUACUUUUAAAAUUUGAAACAACAGCGCCACCUGCUGUUCAUCUCAGCCAACUCAACUCAGUCAGCUGAAAAGUUGAGUUAGUGCGAAAAGGAGAGUCUUGUGAUUUUGUUCUGCUCAGAACUGACCAGAGAAACAUCAGAUGACUCUUUUUUUAUAAGCAGGGAAACAUUUCUGCUUCUUCUUAAAAGAAUAAUUUGCUACCAACUAUGCCCAAAAA